GAUGUGUGUAUCGAUGGAGCUUGAGUCGGAGAGCCUAUAAGAUUAAACAAGAAGUUCUUCAGCUCCAAAACGAAGGAGCAUUUGAAAAUAUGGCCCAUCCUGCACCUUCACCAGAGAUAUGGUCAACAUUCAAGAAAGGUUUUAAGGAUUUCAAGUCCAGAAUGGCAUACAUGAAUAAGGUGAUAGAGGGUUUGAAGAGGGAACGAGUACGAAUGAUCGGGAUUUGUGGAAUGGGGGGUGUGGGUAAAACCAUAAUGGUGAAAGAAAUCAUCGUAAGAUUGGCAAAACUAGACUUGUUUGAUAAAAUUGUAAUGGCAACUGUGUCUCAAAGUCCAAGUAUUAGGAUGAUCCAGUCGGAAAUUGCAGACAAAAUAGGUUUGAAAUUUGAGGAGGAAUCAGAGCCCGGAAGAGCACUAAAGCUACGUGGGAGACUCAUGGAAAUAAAGAGGAUCCUGAUUGUAUUAGAUGAUGUCUGGACAGAGCUUAAUUUUGAGGCUAUAGGACUCCCUUGUGGAGAUGAUCAUGAAGGGUGCAAAGUUUUGUUGACAUCACGAGAUUCGGAAGUCUGCAACAGGAUGGGAAGUCAACAAAUUAUUGCUGUCCCGAUUUUAACACCAGAAGAAUCACAGGAGCUCUUUCGAGAAAUGGUAGGUGAAUCCUUCAAUGAUCCUUAUUUACGUUCCACUACAAAAGAUGUAUUGAAGGAAUGUGGAGGUUUACCUAUUGCAAUUGUAACUGUUGGAAAAGCCCUAGAAAAGAAAAACAAGUGUGAAUGGGAUGAUGCCCUUAAUCAGCUGCGAAAAUCUACCCCAGUGAACAUCCCUGGAGUGAAUGACAAAGUUUAUUCUAGCAUAAAAUGGAGUUAUGAUAGAUUGGAGAGUGAUGAAGCCAGGUCAUGUCUUUUACUUUGUUGUUUAUUUCCAGAAGAUUAUGAUAUUCCAAUUGAGUAUUUGAUUCGAUAUGGGUGGGGUCGAGGAUAUUUUAGCAACAUCUUUACUUUGGAAGAUGCAAGAAAUAGAGUGCAUUAUUUGGUUGGCCAACUAAAAAGAAGGUUUUUGUUGCUCGAUAGUGGCAAGAGUGAGGCUACAAAAAUGCAUGACGUAGUUCGCGAUGUUGCCAUAUGGAUUGCUUCAAGAGAUCCACAUGGAUUUUUGAUAAGAAGUGAUGCUGAAAAUAAAGGGUGGCCAAAUUUAGCUACAUAUGACCAUUACACUACCAUCUCACUUGUUGGCGAAUUGGAGAUUCAACAUGGUUUGAAAUGCCCAAAACUUGAGCUUCUACAGACGAUGGAAGGACGUUUUUCAGAAGGUAGCAUGGACAACAUUUGUAAGGCGAUGAAAGAACUGAAGGUUUUAGCUUUGGUGGGAAUGGAAAUGGAAGACCUAGGCUCAUCAAGAUCACUAGGAUUACUGAAGAAUCUGCGGACCUUGUGCCUAGAUGGGUCUAAUUUUGAUGGCACGUCUACUGAUGUUAUUGGGAGUUUGGAGAAUUUAGAAAUCCUCAGCUUUCGGGAAUGUGAUUCCAUGCGUGAGUUGCCGAGGGAAAUUGGACGACUUAAACAGUUAAGGUUGUUAGAUACGACAGACUGUCGGAAACUUGAGGUGAUUCCACAUGGUAUCUUAUCCAGCUUAUGUAGACUUGAAGAACUGUAUAUGCAUUGUAGCUUUAAUAAAUGGGAAAUUGGAAGAGGAAGAGAAGAAAAGGGGAUGGCAAGCAUUUCUGAGGUGAUGUCUCUGUCUCAUCAUUUGAAGGUUCUAGCCAUAAAUAUACCCAAUGUCAUCCACUUGUUGCCAAAAGACAUAGUCUUUGAAAAGCCCAACAAUAAGAUUCGGUAUAUGCCUUGCAAGAUGGACAGAAGCAGUCAAAGAAUUUUUUAGGACAACUUAUGCAUUCGAAAAUUGUUUGAUGAUUGAAAAAAGUGAUGCAAGGGAGUUGGAGGAGAGUCAAGCAGUUAGACUUUUGUUGAAAAAAUCUAAAAAUUUGACUUUGCGCAAAGUUAAGAAUUUCUCUGUCCUCACUGAUUUAGACCAAGAAGGAUUUCAAGAUUUGAAAGAUUUGGAUCUUCGGUAUUGUCCACAUAUCGAGUAUCUUGCAAAUGGAACAAGUGGGUUUUUGACCAACCUAAGAAUCAUUCAAUUGAAAUUUUGUGGUGUCUUAAAAUAUGUCUUUUCAUUAUCAGUAGCAAGAAACUUGGUACAACUCCAGGAAUUAAACAUUUAUGGAUGUGAUCAAAUGGAAGAAAUUGUGUCAAAGCAAGGGAGAGAACAUGAGGAGGAAGCCGAUAUAAUAUCUUUCCAUAAAUUAACCAAUUUGACUCUCGAGGGU